AUGACACCACAGGCAGACGCAGACUCGCUGCCACGGCCUGCAGCAAGCCCCGACCUCUUCUCCAGGCCGCGGCCACGGCCUCCCAGGUCCCCAUCACAGGCUGCCAAGAUACGGGUACAGAACAGGCGGCGCCAGUAUCUGGAGAAGAACCCAGACUAUCUUUCGUCUGCGGACAAUGAGUUUGCUGACCCAGACCUCUACGACACCCUGGUCCGCAAGUUCCAGACGCCCGCCGAGCGCGAGGCAGAGAUGCGCUCCAGGGGCUGGGGCAAGGUCCUCGAGUCGUCCCUGAUGCGCGGCGAAGACCGCCUGGACAGGGUCGCAUCGUCGCUCGCGGGCGACAGGCCACAACGCCAACUUGCGUCCUCAUCCUCGUCCUCAUCCCGUGGGGCAUUACCUACCACGGGCGAUAAGGCUGCCGCCGCCACAAACUUCGCCAUCGACGCGGACCUGACGGACUCGAAGCCCGCGACGAAGGAGGAGGGCCGCGCCGCGUGGGAGGAGUUCCUGCGGGAGCGGUUUGUGCGCGGCGGGGACGAGGAAUUUGAUUAUGCUGCUGUGGACGGGGAUGAGAGUUUCGAUGAGCUUGAGUUUCGCGACCGGGAGGAGGAGUGGUUUGAUGGGGAGGAGCCAGAGUGGGCCAGUGAUGGGAGCGAUGGGAGUGCUGGGGAGGACGCGGUGGUUGGGGAUGGUAGUGGCGAUGGUGAGCUCGGCAGGAGGAAGGGCCCCAGAGAGAGGGUGUUGGUUGGGCAGACUGGAGUGCAGGAUUAUUGA